AUGAAGAUAGAGUCUCAACCGCACCAACUCCAUGUCAUUUUUCUGCCACAUUUAACCCCUGGCCAUAUGAACCCCAUGGUAGAUACAGCAAGGAUAUUUGCCAAACAUGGAGUUAGUGCUACCAUCAUCACUACCCCAGCUAAUGCUUUGACAUUCCAGAAAGUUAUAGACAGUGACUUCUCCUCUGGAUAUCCCAUCAGAACUAGUUUGGUUCAAUUCCCUGCAGCCCAAGUUGGUCUCCCUGAAGGGGUUGAAAACAUCAAAGCUGGAACUUCCUUAGAAAUGCUGGGUAAAAUCAGUCAUGGAAUAAUAAUGCUUAAAGAUCAAAUAGAGCUCUUGUUCCAGGAUCUGCAACCGGAUUGUAUAGUCACAGACAUGUUUUAUCCUUGGACGGUGGAAUCCGCUGCAAGGCUAGGAAUCCCAAGGCUGUACUAUUACUCCUCAAGCUACUUCUCAAGCUGUGCUGCUCAUUCUAUCAGGAAGCAUAAGCCUCAUGAGGGGCUAGUUUCUGAUGCCCAGAAGUUUUCAAUUCCUGGCCUUCCACAUAACAUAGAGAUUACCGCUCUGCAGCUAGAAGAAUGGGUAAGAACUGAGGAUGAAUUCACAGAUUAUUUGAAUGCAAUAUAUGAAACAGAGAGCAGAAGCUAUGGAACAUUGUACAAUAGCUUUCAUGAACUUGAAAGUGAUUAUGAGCAACUUUACAAGAGCACAAUGGGGAUCAAAGCCUGGAGCAUAGGACCAGUUUCAGCAUGGGUUAACAAGGAAAGGGGACAAAAUGGAGACCUUGCAGUAGAGUCAGGAUGGCUGAAUUGGCUUAACUCAAAGCAAGAUAGUUCUGUGUUGUAUGUUAGUUUUGGAAGCCUAACCAGGCUCACUCAAGCUCAGAUUGUUGAAAUUGCUCAUGGGCUUGAAAAUUCAGGUCAUGAUUUCAUAUGGGUUGUUAGGAAAAAGGGUGAAGAUGAUGAAGGAGAGAGCUUCCUGCUAGAUUUUGAGCAAAGGAUGAACGAAAGCAACAAGGGCUAUAUCAUAUGGAACUGGGCACCACAGCUUCUCAUAUUGGACAACCCUGCAAUAGGAGGAGUUGUGACUCACUGUGGUUGGAACUCAAUUCUUGAAAGCUUGAAUGCUGGUUUGCCGAUGGUCACAUGGCCUAUGUUUGCAGAGCAAUUUUACAAUGAGAAGUUUCUAGCUGAAGUCCUGGAAAUUGGAGUCCCAGUUGGAUCGAAAAAGAACAAACUUUGGACAACCGCCGGUGAGGAUGCGGAGGUGAGAAGGGAAGACAUUGCAAAGGCUGUUGCGCUGUUGAUGGGAAGUGAUGAAGAGAGCAGGGAAAUGAGGAGGAAAGCAAGAAAACUUGGUGAUGCUUCCAAGAAGACUAUAGAGGAGGGAGGAUCCUCUUACAAAAACUUGAUGCAGUUGAUAGAUGAGCUAAAGUCAUUGAAGGCAUCAAGAGUACUUGAGAAAAACGAGAUAAAUGAAAAUGAAGACUAG